CCUGCGCUCCGGAGGCGGCGGCGGCGCAGCCCGGGCUCCGCGGCGCCCAGCCGGCCGGCGGGGGGGGGGGCCAUGGACUGAGCGGCACCAUGGGCGCCAAGGAGUCCCGCAUCGGCUUCCUCAGCUACGACGAGGCCUUGCGGAGGGUUACAGACAUAGAGCUGAAGCGACUGAAAGAUGCUUUCAAGAGAACUUGUGGACUCUCAUAUUAUAUGACCCAACAAUGCUUCAUCAGGGAAGUUCUCGGUGAUGGAGUCCCUCCAAAAGUUGCUGAGGUUAUCUACUGUUCGUUUGGAGGAAUGUCCAAAGGGCUGCACUUCAAUAACUUGAUAGUUGGAUUAGUUCUACUUACAAGAGGCAGAGAGGAGGAGAAAGCAAAAUACAUUUUCAGUCUCUUCUCUAAUGAAUCUGGGAGUUAUGUUGUUCGUGAAGAGAUGGAGAAGAUGCUGCAGGUGGUUGAUGGAAAAGUGCCAGAAUCUCUCAAGAAAUGUUUCUCUGAGGGUGAAAAGGUAAACUACGAGAAGUUCAGGGUUUGGCUAUUGCACAACAAAGAUGCUUUCACAUUUUCCCGUUGGCUGCUGUCUGGAGGUGUGUAUGUGACACUCACUGAUGAUAGUGAUACUCCUACCUUCUAUCAAACACUGGCUGGAGUCACACACUUGGAAGAAUCUGACAUCAUUGAUCUUGAAAAACGAUACUGGCUGCUAAAAGCUCAAUCAAGAACUGGACGUUUUGAUUUAGAAACAUUUGCCCCCUUGGUUUCGCCUCCUAUUCAUCCAUCUCUGAGUGAAGGUUUGUUUAAUGCCUUUGAUGAAAACCGAGACAAUCACAUAGAUUUUAAAGAAAUUUCCUGUGGGCUCUCAGCAUGUUGCAGGGGACCCUUGGCAGAAAGACAAAAAUUUUGCUUCAAGGUUUUUGACAUUGACCGGGAUGGUGUGCUGUCUCGCACGGAACUUAAAGAAAUGGUGGUUGCACUUUUAGAAGUCUGGAAGGAUAACCGUACUGAUAAAAUACCUGAAUUGGACAUGGAUUUGUCUGAAAUUGUAGAAGAUAUUUUGAAUAUGCAUGAUAACACAAAGCUUGGACACCUCACUCUGGAGGACUACCAGAUAUGGAGUGUGAAGAGUGCUCUUGCCAAUGAAUUUUUAAAUCUACUUUUCCAGGUUUGUCAUAUAGUUUUGGGGCUACGACCUGCCACUCCAGAAGAAGAAGGACAGAUUAUUAGAGGCUGGUUAGAAAGGGAAAGCAGAUACGGCCUUCAGCCAGGGCACAACUGGUUUCUUAUUGCAAUGCCAUGGUGGCACCAGUGGAAGGAAUAUGUCAAAUAUGAUGCAAACCCUGUUGUGAUAGAGCCUUCAUCUGUCUUGAGUGGAGGUAAGAAUUCACUCAUAGCUGCUGCAGCCAAUACUUCAGAACAGGGAGAAGACAAAAUGGGAGGUCUUAAUUACUUCAGUGCAACAGAAGAAAAGUUUUCAGAUAAUAUUUCUACUGCAUCAGAAGCCUCAGAGACUACUAGCAGCAAUGCUCUUUACCCUGGCACACCAGGGACUGAUGUAUGUUUUGCUAGGCAGCAUAAUACUUCAGACAACAAUAACCAGUGUUUCCUUGGCACCAAUGGGAAUUCUUUGCUACAACUUAAUCCUCAGAAACCAGGAGCUAUUGAUAACCAACCCCUUGUAACGCAAGAACCAGUGAAGGCUGCAUCAUUAACAAUGGAGGGUGGAAGAUUAAAGCGAUCACCGCAAUUGAUUGAAGGAAAGGACUACAUAAUGGUACCGGAGCCAGUUUGGAGAGCACUUUACCAUUGGUAUGGAGCAAAUCUGUCCUUGCCCAGGCCGGUGAUCAAAAACAGCAAAACAAAUGUGCCUGAACUAGAGUUAUUUCCUCGCUAUCUGCUCUUUCUGAGACAGCAGCCUGCCACUCGAACACAGCAGUCAAACAUCUGGGUGAAUAUGGGGAAUGUACCUUCACCGAAUGCUCCUUUAAAGAGAGUGUUGGCUUACACCGGCUGCUUUAGUCGAAUGCAAACGAUUAAGGAGAUACACGAAUAUCUCUCCCAGAGGCUGCGCAUAAAAGAAGAAGAUAUGCGCCUCUGGUUAUACAAUAGCGAGAACUAUCUUACUUUGCUUGAUGAUGAAGAUCACAGAUUGGAGUACCUUAAAAUCCAAGAUGAGCAGCAUUUAGUAAUAGAAGUUCGAAACAAAGACAUGAGCUGGCCUGAAGAGAUGUCUUUUAUAGCAAACAGCAGUAAAAUAGACAGACAUAAAGUUCCUACUGAAAAGGGUGCUACUGGAUUAAGCAAUCUGGGUAACACAUGUUUCAUGAACUCGAGUAUCCAGUGUGUCAGUAAUACGCAACCUCUGACACGGUAUUUCAUCUCAGGAAGACAUCUUUAUGAACUUAACAGGACAAAUCCAAUAGGAAUGAAAGGACACAUGGCCAAGUGCUAUGGGGAUUUGGUUCAGGAGUUGUGGAGUGGGACUCAGAAGAAUAUAGCACCAUUAAAGUUGCGGUGGACAAUAGCGAAAUAUGCUCCAAGGUUUAAUGGCUUUCAACAGCAAGACUCACAGGAGCUUCUAGCUUUUCUUUUGGAUGGUCUUCAUGAGGAUUUGAAUAGAGUUCAUGAUAAACCAUAUGUUGAACUGAAAGAUAGUGAUGGUCGACCAGACUGGGAAGUAGCAGCUGAGGCCUGGGAAAACCAUCUGAGAAGAAACAGAUCCAUUGUUGUAGAUUUAUUUCAUGGGCAGCUGAAGUCACAAGUAAAGUGUAAAACUUGUGGACAUAUAAGUGUUAGAUUUGAUCCUUUCAAUUUUUUAUCCUUACCUUUGCCAAUGGAUAGCUACAUGCACCUAGAAAUUACAGUAAUCAAAUUGGAUGGUACUACGCCUGUUCGAUAUGGCCUGAGAUUGAACAUGGAUGAAAAGUAUACAGGUUUGAAAAAACAGUUAAGUGAACUCUGUGGGCUGAAACCAGAACAGAUACUCCUUGCAGAAGUCCAUAGCUCCAAUAUAAAGAACUUUCCUCAAGACAACCAGAAAGUCCGGUUAUCAGUGAGUGGGUUUUUGUGUGCAUUUGAAAUACCCAUUCCAGGAUCACCUACAUCAGCAUCAAGUCCUGUGCAGACAGAUACCUCGACUGGAUCAUCAACUAAUGGAGCACCCAACAUAAUGAUGAAUGGGGACCUUCCCAAACCAACCCUGAUUCCCAACGGAAUGCCAAAUACUGUAGUGCCAUGUGGAACAGAGCGUAGCCUUGCCCACUGGACUCUGAACGGUCAUGUGCCCUUGAUUUCUGACAGUCCAUGUACAGGUUAUAUAAUUGCGGUCCAUAGAAAAAUGAUGCGGACAGAACUGUAUUUUCUUUCAUCUCAGAAGAAUCGCCCUAGCCUCUUUGGAAUGCCACUAAUUGUUCCUUGUACAGUUCAUACACGGAAAAAAGACCUGUAUGAUGCAGUAUGGAUUCAGGUUUCCAGGCUGGCUAGCCCUCUCCCACCUCAGGAAGCUAGUAAUCACGCGCAAGACUGUGAUGAUAGCAUGGGAUAUCAGUAUCCGUUCACCCUAAGAGUAGUUCAGAAGGAUGGAAAUUCUUGUGCUUGGUGUCCAUGGUACAGAUUCUGCCGUGGCUGUAAAAUUGAGUGCACAGAGGACAGAGCUUCUGUUGGUAACGCUUACAUUGCUGUAGACUGGGAUCCAACAGCACUCCAUCUACGCUACCAGACAUCACAGGAACGGAUUGUAGAAGAGCAUGAAAGUGUUGAACAAAGUCGACGAGCUCAAGCAGAGCCCAUCAAUCUGGAUAGCUGUCUUCGAGCCUUCACCAGUGAGGAAGAACUAGGGGAGGAUGAGAUGUACUACUGUUCCAAAUGCAAGACCCAUUGUCUGGCUACAAAAAAACUAGAUCUUUGGAGGCUUCCUCCUAUUUUGAUCAUUCACCUGAAAAGGUUUCAGUUUGUAAAUGGCCGCUGGAUAAAAUCUCAGAAAAUUGUUAAAUUUCCCCGAGAAAAUUUUGACCCAAGUGCCUUUUUGGUACAAAGGGAUCCAAGUCAUUUUCAAAGAAAGCAGUUAACUCCUCAAGUUGAUGACCUUCCUGAACCACGGACCCCUCUCCAAGGGGAGUCUAAAAAAAUAGAUCUGCAGAUUACUUACACAGCAGAAGGAGAUGCACUGAACAGAAGUCCGUCGUCCCUUAACACUACUAAUGUCUUGAAUAAUAUCAAAGCAUCUCCAUCUUUGGGAAGGAAAAGUGGAACCAGCUGUCCUUCAAGUAAAAACAGUAGCCCAAAUAGUAGCCCAAGGACUUUAGGAAGAGGCAAAGGGCGUUUGCGGCUACCACAACUGGGUAAAAACAAACUAUCAAGUAGCAAAGAAAAUUUGGAUGCAAGUAAAGAGAACGGUACUGACCAGGAACAGAAAUUUACUUCUGAUCGAAGUGAUGCUCUUACCAGAGGGCAGAUUUUGGGUGGUAGCCAGAGUGAACUGUAUACUGCUCAGGACAAUGAGAUGACUCUAGCCAACGGAUAUAUUUGUGAACAGAAUGCAUAUAGUAAUGGCAGUAGCAACGGUCAAAUUGAUAACCACAGCGAGGAUGAUAUUACAGAUGACCAAAGAGAAGACGUUUGUGUUAACCCUAUUUACAAUCUAUAUGCAAUUUCGUGCCAUUCAGGAAUUAUGGGAGGGGGUCAUUAUGUCACUUAUGCCAAAAACCCAAACAACAAGUGGUACUGCUACAAUGACAGUAGCUGUAAGGAAUUGCAUCCUGAUGAAAUCGACACCGACUCUGCCUACAUUCUUUUCUAUGAGCAGCAGGGGGUAGACUAUGCACAAUUUCUGCCAAAGAUUGAUGGUAAAAAGAUGGCAGACACAAGCAGCAUGGAUGAAGACUUUGAGUCAGACUAUAAAAAGUACUGUGUUUUACAGUAAGCAGAUGAUCUUCCAUGGACUGUUUUGAGAAUGUGAGGGAUAACACCCUGAAACUUACAUUUGGCAAAAAUGUUAUUGAAACAGAUAAGCUAAGUGUAGUUAUUGUACCCUGUGAUCUGAAAGCACAAAAAGAAAACCCUAAUUAAAUAGCAGUUAAUAUAACGAUAGUAUUGUUUUGUUCUGUUAUCUCACUACAUGCUCUAAACAUUUCUGAUGUUAGACAUCAGGCUGAGACUGCCAUUUGGCCUUUAAAUAAAAUGGUUUGAGAAAAGCCAACUAGGACCAAAUAAGAGGUAAAUUUAAUAGUCCAAAUAAGAGCUAAACAAAGUAGUGUAGAGUUUACCAACUCUUCUAACAACCCCCUAAAGCUCUCUUUAGAUUUAAGAUAAUGGGGAAAAAAAUGUAGUGUUGUCUUUGGACAACAUGAUAUUGCUACCUCCUUUUUCCUGCAGUUUUAUUGCAUUUUAUUGGCAAAACAGGGAAAGUAAGAGAACGGAAAGUGCACAAAUUUAAAGAAUGAACAUCACGAGUAGGAAAAGUUUCCAGUUUUGCCGCCACUAAUGUGUCAGUUGCUUUCUUUCUGUAUGUUGGGAGCACAACCAAAUUAUAAUUUGAGGUGAGAUUAAUUUCUACUCUUGAAUGGUUUGUUAUAACUGUGUUUUCUCCACGUGUUGGCUGUGCAGAUCAACAAGUUUCAGGAAUGGCUUUUCUGCCUGAAGUGUGCUAUCUUAAAGUUUUGAGAUGCCUCAUUAAGAAACUUCAGGUUGAAGAGAGUAGCUGUGAUUACACGCAUGGUGUCUUAAAAUGUGCACAUUGCACAAAAUGUUCCCAGCUUUUGGAAGGAAAGAUGCUUGAGCUUAUGUUUCAUAACUGGUGUUGCUUUUAAAUUUGCACUUUUAAAAAUUCGUAUAAUUAAAUUCAAAAACAUAGUUUGUUUUUGUUGUUGUAAGGGCUCUGGAGUGAAUGGCUGUGAAUUAUCCACUGUGUAUUUCAAACAAAUAAGAAGCUGUGGUUGUCAGGUAGCUAUCGUAGCAUUCAUGGAUUUGUAUUAUUUUUUUAUUGAUUUCUUAAUUUAAUAGGGUUUCUCUUUUCAAAUGUUGGUUGCCUUUCAAAUUUUCUUUCUUGUAACAGGUUAUGCUUAUACUUGCAAUUAAAACAAAAUUGCUUUCCGUGCCCUUGCAAGAUGCUCUUUGGAGUCAAUGGGCUUACAGCAUGAAGGAAAGCCUGAGCAAGUCUUAGCAGAGACUGGAAAAGAGAUGGUUAUUUUUUGAGUAGGCAUUUCUUUAAACAUUUUCAGUGUUAAAUUGUUUGCAUAUAUGAAUGAAGAUAAACGUUUCACCUUUUGUUCUUCAGCUGAGUCUAAGAAGCUUACUAAUUUCAUGUGUCAUCUUCCAAAUUCUUUAGAUUUUGUACCUUCACUAACAAUUGAUACUUACAUCAUUGAUCUCUGAGAUAAAUGUUUGGCUUCUUUUUAAUGUGUUUUACAAGAAUGCCAAGCCUACCAGUAACUGUAUGAUUUCCAGAAGGAUCUGGGUUUUAUCCAUGUAAAAAAUUAUAUCAGCUGAUCUUGCUGUCCGUACUCUGGCAAGAACUUCCCUGUCUUUGUUAGAGGUUGUGCCUCUGUCAGGACAGCAGAUGAGGUCCCACUUAAGUAUUGUCUUACUUGUGAGGUGUUGCUCCCUAUCCUGUUGUUCUGGUUUGAUCCCGCAGGCAACUCAGCACCGUGCAGCCUUUUGCUCGCUCCCCCCACAGUGGGAUGGGAGAGAGAAUCUGAAAAACAGUAAAAAGUUCAUGGGUUGAGAUAAAGACAGUUUAAUAGGACAGAAAAGGAAGGGCAGGAGCUGUGCCAGGAGGAGCUGCGUUUCAGUACCAGCCACUUCAGAAGCAGCUCGAACCCCUUCAUACACUGCCAAUAUCUCCUUCAGCUGCAGUUUAGUGGGCCUCAGAAUCCCCGACUCCAAAACCCUAGGGGUUGGCCUCAAGUCUCCCUGGGCUCUUUCUGCCAGAGGCUCCAGGUGGGGCCGUUCUCCCCAAGGGCCCCUCUAGUCCUGGUCAGAGUAUUCAUCACUCACUUCUUUGCAAGUCAUACACCCAAGCCUCUAGGGUCGAGGUAGAUUUUCCAUCCUAAUUCCUCAUGUCCUCUCCAUGGUUGUGCAGGUAAAACCAGGGGGGCAUGUGGUGUGUACCCCCCAUAUCCUCCACUUAAGCAGAGCAACGCUUACUCCUAAUAGCUGAGUGGCUUCCCUGCCCUCUGAUUCCAGGCUACUGGUCCCGUUAUUCCAGCAUCAGAGCAGCCAGGUGUUGAUGUGCUUGCCUGGACGAUGGCUGCAACCCUUUGGGAGAUAGUUGCAGCUGACUCAGGGGUAGGAAUUGGGUGUCUGCUGCCUUGUUUAUGAGAUCUGCCUCUUCCUCGUGUUCCUGUGGUAGCCCUGCUUCGGAGCAGCCUGCCUCGUCCGCUUCUUUCGCUUCUUAGUAGUUUCUUCUCUUGCUAAACGAGCUAACUCCUGUGUUCAUUGCUUCUUCUUGAAUACAGGAGCAGCUGACUCUGGCAUGGGCUGGUUCAGCUGCAGUGCGUGUUGCGGGGUUGGAUUAGCUGCAGUGCCUGGCGUUUUUUUGUCAGAUCUGGAGACCUUCCCUUCCCCUUGCGGGUGUUGAAUAGUGUUGAACAGGGCUCUCGGUAGGCAAGGGCCAGGUCCCAGCACAUGGCAGCAGUCCGUGUCUCUCUGGAAUCACCAGCGUGACAGCAUACUCUUUCCAAAUAUUUUCCUAGCUUGUCAGGGUUCUGCACUUGUUCAGGGGUAAAGUCCCAAAGCACUGGAGAUGCCCACUGCCCCAGGUACCUGCCCAUACCCUCCCACGCUCCCGGUCACUCCUAACUAUGCUGCCUCCGGGCAGAUCUCUGGGUGGCAUUCUUAAAUAGCUGUUUAACCUUAAACAAAACAAGAAAUGCGUUCAGGAGACAUAGCAAUAGGAACAUGCUUGUUUGAAUAUCCCAAGGUUAUUCAAAAUUCUCAAGAGAUAUUGUGACUAGCCUGGAGAAAAAGGGGAAGGUGAAGGAGAAAGGGAAGGUGAAGAAGUGUGGGGAAAGUCUCCCCCCCGUCUCCCCCAUAGAUUGUCUCUCUAGGAAAAAAGGUAAAGAAUGUAAUUAUUAGUAGUUGCUGAGAGAUGGUUCCUGAAGUAUGAGGACGAUGGUAAUGUAGAGUACAAACACCAGAUUAAUCUCACAACCAGUAAUUUUAUCACAUCAUAAGCCACUGUUACACAGUACAGCAAAGUGAGAACCUUAAACCAGACCCCAGAGAUGUUCAGCAGGGACAGGGAGUGUAGGCAGCAAGCGAGGUGUUAUACAACACGGUUCUGAGAACAAGCACAACUCCGAGAGCAAAAAUUCCAACAUUGUGACCAGCAACUGUUAAACUAAUACAACGCUUAUAACAGUUCUGUUUUAACGUGCUCUGCUCAGCUCUGUCGUUAUCUCAACCCUUCGUGCCCCACGUUGGGUGCCAAAAGGACGGCUGUGGUUUAACCCGGCUGCCAGCUCAGCACCACGCAGCCGUUUGCUCGCUCCCCCCGCAGUGGGAUGGGAGUGGGAACUGAGGAAAAUUAAAAAAGAAGGUAAAAGCUUAUGGGCUGAGAUAAAGACAGUUUAAUAGGACAGAAAAGGAAGGGAAAACAAUAGUAAUAAUAGUGAUAAAAGACUAUAAAACAAGUGAUGCACGAUGCGAUUGCUCACCACCCGCCCGCUGAUUCCCAGCCCGUCCCCAAGCAGUGGCUGCCCCCCCCGGCCAGCCCUCCCCAGUUUUAUGUUUGCAGGAUGCCCCCAGUACGGGAUAUCCUCGUGGCCAGCCUGGGCCAGCUGUGCUGGCCGUGUUCCCUUCCCUGCUUCUCACGCACCCCUGGGCAGCAUGAAACUGAGUCCUUGGCCCUGUGCAAGCACUGCUCAGCAGCACCUGAACAUCAGGGGGUUAGCAGCGUUGUUCUCAUCCUAAAUCCAAACCGCAGCACCACACCAGCUACUAGGAAUAACAUUACCUCUGUCCCAGCUGAAACCAGGACACCCAUACACUCUUUUAUCUUUAAAGUGGUCUAAACACUGAGACAGAAGAAAGGCGCAAAUUGUGAGUUGCUAGGUUAGAAGGUUUUUUUCAGUUCCCGUUUGUCUGUUCCUCCCUGCGCAAACUCCAUGAAAA